AUGGAACUGAAGCCAUGGCUUCGUAAAGAGAUUCGUAAAUCGGAGAAUGAAAUCAAAGCUUUGGGAAUUGUCCAUGAGGACCUCUGGUGUGAUAUUGAUGAGGAGGGCCUUCGGUCUGGCAAUGUUCUCUGGAAAGAAGAACUUGGGCGGGCGCUGAUCAUUGACUUUCACCGCUGUACAUUAAAUCGUCGGCCAUUUCAGAAAAGACCACAACCGGGGAAGAGGCGGCUGUACCAGACAGAAUCGGGGCGUUCUAAGCGUUUACGGGUUUUAUCAGCGAUAUACUCUGACAACAGCAAGAGAAUCCAACGCAGGGACAAUUAUUAA